CUCCAUGAAAAACACAGAAGGCAGCAUGACAACAAGCUCGGAGCUGGUUCUACCCUCACCCACCAAGAUGAGGACGCGCAAGUCUCGACAUCGUCGCAAUAACAGCCGAGGCUCUAUGAAGGACAUUGCCUCCCCCAUCAAGUCCCCCUCGCGGGACCACGAAGCCAGAAAUGCUGAAGCCCUGAACCCUGCUGGCCUACACCACAUAGAACACCCGCAGUUCCCCGGUACUUUCAAGUACCUGGGGCCGGGGACCGCCAUCAGGGAGUACAGAAGCGAGGACGAGGUGGACGGCUGUGAGAUGAGGAUCUCACACAUGGAGAACAACAUCAAAAAACGUCAGGAGCUGUGCAGUAGGACCUCCAGCGCCAACAACAGCACCAAGAGGUCUCCCAUCUCCAGGCGAUCACCGCUAUUCAAAGACAAUAACAUCAACGACGUUUGCUUUGGCUGCGACGGUGGGUGUAGUGACGCCACCUGCAGCAGCAAAAGGUCGUCCCAGGUCAGCGCCGAUGUUGAGAGCACCUGUGAUUUAUCUCCCCUGUCUAGCCCCAAACACCAACCGCUUGAAACAAUGAGCGAGAAAUCAUCUCCGGAUGUUGACUCGUCUCGUCAUGAAACUGGCUCAGGGUCAUGUUCAUGCUCGCCCAUGGCAUCCCCCGCUGACCUUCAACCCCAGACGUACACAGUCCGAGAAAAAGACUCGAAUGAAAAUUUAAAUUUCCCAGAGAGCAGCACAAACUCUGUUAGCUCACAGUUGAACUCGGGCGUCAUCCAAACGACGACGUCACACACCGACUGUGACACCAUCAACACCAGUGUCACACAACAGACUCUCACAAACUCCACCAACCACCAUCUUGUACUUAUGACCUCGCAGGGGUCGGGGGUCAAACGGGUUCACAGCAGCCAGGAUAUGAGCAGGAGACACAGGAGCCCGUCCUGCCGGAGGAGAAGCUCUGACAUCUUUGAGAACUCUGGCAGGUGUCAGGACAGGUACGAGGACAGCCAGGCGGGGACGGAGAGAGCUGGACAAAAUGUGGACGGUGUCCUGCAGAAAAGGGAGCCAAACAAUUCCUCUGUUAGAUUCAGAAACACUAAGCACUCUGAAGAAUCCUGGUCUGAAGAAGAGGAAGGGGAGGUGAGUGAUGACGAGACACCUUGUCGUCCCCCCUGCCGCCAGUCCUUCUCCACCCUGAGCUCUGAAGGUGUCUUCUCAGAGGAGGACAUCAGUGACAGGUCAGACAACCAAGAUGGCAGCGGUGACAACGGUCUGCUGUCCACUGGCAGUGCAGAAAACCUGCAGGCGGAGCUGACCAAACUGACCUACAUACCAGAUGGUCUGUCGGACAGGGAGAAAACUGUCAAGAAGAUGAAAAACAAAGUUAACUCCCCUGAUAGGAUGAAAUCUGAGACGGACACAAGUUCGGACGAGUGUUCCGAUAUAACAGUGUCAUCAGCUAUACACAAAACUAGGUCUGUAGAGAGUAGCACCCACUGGUAGCCAGCCUCCUUCUAUGUUCUUCAGUCAUCUUCUCAAAGUCAUCUUGAUGUCACUAGCUUCACAUCAUCAGUCAUCCAACAUGAACCAUCAGUCACUCAACACUGAGUGAGUCAUUCAUCUUCGCCUUGUGUAGAAGCAAGACAAGUUUGUUCUACCAUUUACCUCAGAUAGACUAGGAUCAGGGUCAGACAGGACAGGACUUUCUGGUAGCUUUUACAUGAAAGGCAGUGCUAGUCAGUUGCUGACCACACAAACUUGGGUGGGCAAGGACACAGUGAGUCAAUGGUUGACACAGAGAACGGACACAUUGUGGACACAUGUCAGUCCCUAACUGACAUAGGACACACGUUUAGUCACUAGCUAACAUAUUUAGGACACAACUAGUUAGUUAUGAAAUAAUGGAUGAACAAAUGUCUACAAUUAUUUCAAAAUGUGU